AUGACAUUACAAGAUCAUCUUAAUGAUAAAUCAAAUAUCAUCCUACUUUUCACCACUAGAUUAACUAAUGAAUUAAUUGAAUUUUGGAAUGAUGAUUAUAAUUUUGAAUGUUCUUUAAGAUUAUUAAAUGAUUUAUCAUUACAACAAAAAAUAUCUUCAAUUACAAAAAACCCCAACCAUCAACAACAAAGAUUUAAAUAUAAACAAUUAUUAUCAAAUUUAUUUAUUAGAUAUGCAAUCAAUUCAAUCAUUCAAUCAAAUGAUCUAUUUAAAAAAAUUGAAUUUGAUUAUAAUGAAUUUGGGAAACCCAUAUUACCAUAUAAUUUCCAAUUCAAUAUUAGUAGUUCUAAUGAUAUAAUUGCCUUAAUUGUGGAAUUUCCAUCUUCAUCUUCAUUAUCAUCAUCAUCAUUGUCAUCAUCAUUAUCUGGUGAUCGAGCUUAUGACCCAAUUGGUAUUGAUUUAUCACAUUCUAUUCAAAAUAGUAUAUCAAAUACAGAAUAUCUUGAACAAUUUAAACCGAUUUUUGAUGAUGUUUAUGAAUUACCACAAAUUGAUAAUUAUUUUAAAUUUAAUCAUUUUUGGACAUUAAAAGAAUCAUUUACAAAAUUGAUUGGUAGUGGAUUAAAUAUUGAAUUAUCAGAUUUUUAUUUCAUAGUUGAUUAUAAUGAUAAUGAGUUUUCUAGUGAUAAUGAAAAAUUCCAAACAAGUAUAGUUGGAAAUAAUAUUGGAGAUAGUUGGAUGUAUUAUUCAUUGAAUUGGUUUGAUAAAAUCUUGAUAAAUAUAGAUAAACUUGAAUUAGCCAAGAAUCAAUUUAUAACGGCAUUAAAUAAAAAAGAAUUUUAUUGUCGUAGUUCUAUUCUUGAUAAUGGUAAUGUCGAUGAAUCUAAAUUGCCAGUAAUUAUAACGAUAAUUAAUCAAAACAAGAAUAAAUCAAUUCAACCAAUAGAGUUGAGAUUUGAAAAAUUAUUAUCUGAACAUUUAAACCAGUGA